AUGAAGCCAAAAAAAUCGCAUGUUAUUCAUGAAAACAUCACUCCUGAUAAAUAUGAUGUGAAUAAUUAUUGUAUGGCUUGUGGCUUUAGCUUCUCAAGCAGAAAGACGUUUGUCAGUCAUCUUGGCAACAAGCAUAAUAUUCGUUUAGGAAAAAAGGAGCCUGUCAAAAGUCCUGGUAUUAAACCUGAUCCAAACGACAUCCACAACUACUGUCGUUCAUGUGAUUUUACUUAUUCAACCAGAUCUAUAUUUCUAGUUCAUCUUCGAGCUGUGCAUAAAAUACAACUACCCCUCAAGAAACUCCUGAAAACCGAUAACAUUCUGCCCGGUAAAUAUGAUCCUAAUAACCAUUGUCUAGCAUGUGCAUCUACCUAUGGCACAAGAAAAAGCUAUAGAGUCUACCUUAGAAAAAUCUACCACAUUUAUUUUAACCAUCUACCUAACAAAGAUAUACAACCUGAUCCAAAUGACCCCAAUCAUUAUUGUCGUUCAUGCAAUCAAACUUUUGCUCGUAAAAAAGCGUACAAAAAACACAUUAGAAAUAUCCAUCAAACGUUUGAAUGA